GGGAGUCACGUGGUCACACAGGUAGAUGCAAUACAAAAACGGGGAAUGUUCAGCCAUUACUCCGCGAUGGUGACUACGGGAGGCUUCACGUAAAAUCUCCCACGCGACGAAACCCGGAUUUACGAAGCUCACCUUUAUAUGUGUGAAAGUAAAGGUGUUUAUACCUCUCUGCUCCCGCGUGUAAACUCGCCACUGACGUAUCUUCAGUACCUGACCUCUGUUUUGUGAAGUAUUAGAAUAGUUUGUGUGGACUGAGUCUGUGUUCAGAUGACGGCGCAGGUAGACUACCUGGUGGUGGUUUUCACCGCCACAUCUGGCGCGAGCGGAGAGCUGCUGGGUUCUGACGAGAAGGAGCUCGAGCGGUUGGUUUGGCAGCUGGUUGACGUGAAGAACAAAAAGUUUGGCAAGGUGAAUGAGCUCCACAUAAAGCCUGAACUCUCAGACAUGACAGAGGAUAAAGAAGAGGAAGAUGUGGUGGAGGAAAGCGUGGAGGAAGAGCAUGGUUUCAAAGCAGACUGUGUCUUUACGGCCUCGAAUCUUGAGACAGCAUUGAGCCAGUUUCAUCUACAACUGACAAAUGAGGUGAACAGCGCGGGCGCAGGCACGUCGGUGUGUUUGUGUACAGACGGACAGCUCCACAUCCGUCAAGUGAUUCACCCCGAGGCAGCAAGCAAGAACAUCCUGGUCCCCGACUGUUUCUUCUCUUUCAUUGAUCUGCGGAAAGAUUUCAAGAUGCACUUCCCUACAUCUGACCUCAAGGCUCUAAAUGUACACGUCAUGGCAGAGUCUCUAAGUAUACCUGUUGAUGUGCUCCCUAUGUGGGAUCCCUCAGCCACACCGGACCCCUCAGCUAUAUUACCUGCAGAGGUAGCAGUGCAGCAGGUCCAGACAAUGGCCAACAUUGUCCUAGCUCUGCUUUCUGAGCCUUAUAGCCACACGUUUUCUAACCAGGAGAGAGUCAGUGAGAAGUUUGAGACUGGCACUUGCAGUAAGAUGGAGAAAGUGUGCGACAACACAGUGAUCAGAGCCAGAGGGUUGCCAUGGCAGUCCUCUGACCAGGACAUAGCUCGAUUCUUCAGGGGACUCAACAUUGCCAAAGGAGGGGCUGCAUUAUGUCUUAAUGCUCAGGGGAGGAGGAACGGAGAAGCUCUCGUUCGUUUCGUCAGUGAAGAACACAGAGAUCUGGCGCUGCAGAGACACAAACACCAUAUGGGCAACAGAUACAUAGAGGUUUACAAAGCAACAGGAGAGGACUUCCUGAAGAUAGCAGGAGGUACCUCCAAUGAGGUUGCCAUGUUCCUAUCCCGGGAGGACCAGAUCAUAGUGAGGAUGCGAGGUCUUCCUUUCACUGCCACACAUGAGCAGGUGCUCAAGUUCUUCUCCCAGGGGGAGGGGCUUAAAGAAACAUGCCCGGUCAGUGGAGGGAAUGAUGGCAUCCUAUUCGUGCGCUAUCCUGAUGGGCGUCCCACUGGUGACGCCUUUGUUUUGUUUGCCUGUGAGGAACACGCCCAGUGUGCUCUGAGGAAACACAAAGAAAGCUUGGGGAGGAGAUACAUUGAGCUGUUUAAAAGCACAGCAGCCGAAGUCCAACAGGUGUUGAACCGAUACUCAUCGGCCCCUCUGAUCUCUGUGGCCCCUGCCCCCUUGGUGUCAGUGUUGCCCACAGUGUCUCUCCUGCCCCCUCCUGGUGGGCUCAGGGACUGUUUAAGGCUGAGGGGGCUACCAUACACUGCCAGCAUAGAGGACAUCCUCACCUUCCUGGGCGAGUUUACACAGGAUAUCAGACCACAUGGCGUGCACAUGGUCCUCAACCAGCAGGGUCGCCCAUCAGGUGACUGCUUCAUCCAGAUGACCUCAGCAGAGCGAGCAAUUCAGGCCUCGCAGCGGCUCCAUAAGCAUGUGAUGUCCAGCCAGCGAGGGGCAAACAGCCGCUAUGUGGAGGUGUUCCCCUGCAGCGCAGAAGAGAUGGGCCUGGUGCUGAUGGGAGGCUCGCUGUCACACACACUUACACACACACACAACCGGAGCAGAAGUGGGACAGGGCUCAGCCCGCCGCCAUGUAAGUCCAGACGUUUAUCUCCAAACUCCUACCCCUUCGCCCCCGCUCCACCUGUCCUGCCCACGGAGGCUGCUGCUGCCCUUUACCCUCCCAUUGGUCAAGUGCUGCUUACCCCGCGCCCCCUGCCUCCAGGACAUGCCUACUACCCUGCUUCAGCUCAGCUAUACAUGAACUACACAGCCUACUACCCCAGUCCACCUGGCUCACCUACCACUGUAGGUUUCUUCCCCUCCCCCUCCUCCCUCUCCACCCCUGGGGGGUUGAUGCGCAUGCCAGGUCUGACCUACAACAGUGCCGGAGUUAAAGACCUCAUUAACGCAGUGCAGGGUUACCAGUAUGCCCCCGAGGAUGCUCUUAUGCACGCUCAUGGGCCUGUGCACGCUCACGACCCGACUGGGACAUUGCUUACGCAGCCCAAAGAAUGGGUGUGUAUUUAAAGUGUCUGAGGCAGGUGGCAGAGUCCUGUGGAGUCCGUUUCUCUCCUUAGCAGCGGUCUGAUCGGUCAGUCCAGCGGAGGUGAUGCUCCUCUCAUGUCCCUCCCCGCUCUCAUGACCAAGCCCGGAGGCCAGUACCUGGACCUGACCCUGAUGUAGGGUCACAAAUAUAAAAAAAAAGGUCACAUGACAAUUUGGUAUACGUCAGAGACUUGUAAUGUAUUUUAAGCUUUUUAAAAAAAAUUAGUCUUUUAGAUGUGUUAUUUAUAUCUUUCAGAACAGAAAUUAAUCUAUUUUAUACCAAAAUCAUUGUGGCCUUAGCCAAACAUAGCAGUUUUGUCUUAUAUUGCACAGCGUGUAUUUGAAAAGCUUUAUAGAGAUUUUCUAACAUGUUAUGAUAUUAUAAUCGCUAUGAUAUAUGUGCUAGCCAAACUAGAGAAGAAUGACAAAUUAGAAACUGAGCUAAAUCUUUUUCAGAAGCUUGUCUGUGAAGAGUGAAAGUGUGUGUGUGUGUGAGUGAGUGUGUUUUCAGUGUGAAAGGGAUAAAAGUGAGUAUUAUGCAUGGUUGUGUUGAUGUGUCUUUAUACUUCAUUGCAGAACACUGUUUGUGUUUUAUAUACAUUUGAUACAGCACACAGUGAUUGUAUUGGAAGCUUUAGUGCAUGAAGAAGUUAGUAGUUCAACUGUAAGAUGUUUACAUUAUGCCAAAUAUCAAUGCACUGCUAAUCAAUAAGACUACUAAUGCGUGUUAUAGCAGUAUCUUUGUUACACUGUGAGUUUGUCAGUCAUUCUGAUCCUUGCAUCAGGUUUCACUUACAAAAAUGUGACAUCUCACACCUUCCCCUUGUUUCACUCCUCUAUGUGUCAGUGUACAUGUUGUGUAAUGCCAAUGUUGUCUUGCCUUUUGUUUUGGACCAACAUCAGAACAUCAGAACAGAGGACAGUCCUAGCCCUCUGUAACCUAACCACAGAGUUACAUUUAUCAAGAGGACUCAUGUCAAAGCUCUCAGUUUACUGAGUGAAUCUCAGCAGCCAGAGGGGGUUUCUGACAGUUUUUAUUACAUAUUUUACUCCAAAGAUUGAACUGUCCAUCACACUUUCCUUGUCUUCUCUCUACCAUCCACGCUGAUGUCAGGGUAUAGCUCCGUGUAUAAACUUUGCUCCCUGAAGAACUCCCUUUGCCACUUGUCUUAAAACUUAAUCAUCUGGAGAAUAGAUGGAGAGUGGAGAAGGAAAGGAAAUGAAGGACACUUGACAUGUACCGUGUGAACUUAACUGUUUGUGCCCUGCAAAGUUGCAGUUUAGGAUCAAUGUUUCUGUAAAAUUUCCUACCGUAGGACCUCCUGCUGCUCAGGACAUCCUGAUGAAAAGUUAAUAAACAUAAAGUGAAGUCUGUCGGCCUUCACCUGUUUGAUUUCA